CGGUACAUGUGUUUCAUAGAGCUAAGAUGUGUUUACGGUAACAGUUCACGCUACAAGUGUACCGUCGAUCUAUAGGUCUCCAGGGAAGCAUCGGAGCUGACAGGCAGCAUGAGGUUACGGUAAUGAAACUAAUAAGACGUAAGCUUUGGGUUUAGACUCACUACAACUUAGAUGUAUCAUGUUUCCAAAACCUAUGUAAAAGCAAGGAGCUAUGACUUUUAAAAUGUCACUCAAAGCCCUUUCCAUAAAGAGACUCCUGAGGGGGUGUGCAUUAGGUCAUCAUGGCAGUAUCAGAAUGUUUCCAAAAGUUAGUAUUAAUAUGCAAAAAGGGAAGUUUUUCUCAAAUGCCUAUGUGAUGCGUGUUGAGAAUGAUGACACAAACCAUCCAAUCCCUAACCUCAAGCUGACCUCUAGACAAGCUCUGCUUUCAAAGAGAAGGAGACCAUUAUCCCCUCUAGAGAGAAUCAGCAGCCUCCUGCCCCAGGACAGCCUGAGCCCAGAGGUGGAGGAGCUGAGAGAACAAGACCAGAGUCAGCAUCAACUUGCCAAUGACAGGCUAUUUGACCGUACAGCUUUGCACACCAUAGAAGAGGAUGGUGGUUAUCCUGGGAUUGUUAAAGGUAAUGAGAUGGAAAAGGAUGCAAAAUUCUCUGAUCAUGCAUCCUCAGAAGUGGAUAUUACAGAAGACAAUCUCAACAGUGUACCUUUACAUCACUCAUGUCUCAAGGGAGAGACAUUACUGACAUUUGGGGAGGUGCUUGUUGCUGAGUAUCGUAGAAAAGGUCAUUUAGAGUUUAAGAAAAUGUUUCAGCUUCAGCCCAAGACGUGCCUUCAGAGCAGCUGGGGUGUGAUCCCACAUGAAGAGAUUGUUGGGACACCUGCUGGGAGCUUCCUUAAAACCAGUCGUGGCGUUUCCUUCCUUAUACGGCGUGCCAGUCUGGAAGACUAUGUACUAUUUAUGAAAAGAGGACCUACCAUUUCUUACCCAAAGGACGCAGCUGCUUUGCUCAUGAUGAUGGACGUCACAGAGGGAGACUGUGUGCUGGAGGCAGGGUCUGGAUCAGGGGCAAUGUCUCUGUUUCUAUCCAGAGCAGUUGGAACUAGCGGAAAAGUACUGAGCGUAGACGUGAGAGAGGACCAUCUAAAAAGAGCUAUGCUAAACUACAAGCGGUGGAGGACAUCGUGGGAGCUGAGACGAGGACAGCCAUGGCCAGAUAAUGUGCAGUUUAUGCACGCAGACCUCUGUACAACCCCUGUCCUGGAGGGCUGGGGAUUUCAUGCGGUUGCUCUUGACCUCAUAAACCCUCACUUGGUUUUGUCCAUUGUGAUCCCACAUCUCCAUUCUGGGGCUGUGUGUGCUGUUUACCUCGCAAACAUAACACAGGUAGUUGAUUUAUUGGAUGCUCUGCGUUGUUUGCGUGUCCCUCUGCUGUGUGAACGCAUCAUGGAGCUUCCUGUCCGGGACUGGAUUGUUGCUCCAGCCCUUCAGAAAGAUGGGACCUACUGCAUAAGGAAAUCUCCAACUAUGGAAGAAAACUCUGAGAGAAAUGGGGCUUUAAAACAAGACAGAUCAGAGCAGGAUGCAGCAUUUGGCAGUAUACCAUACAUCGCCAGACCUCACCCACUACAGCUGAGCCAUACAGCAUUCCUGGUAAAACUGAGGAAGCAUGUAUAGCAGCCAUUUAAGUUUCAACUUAAAUAAUAAAAAACAGUAAGACCUCUA